AUGCAACAACUUCUUCCUUACAUUUCUCAUCUUCAUUUAUUCAAUCUUACUUUACCAGGCACACAUGAUGCUGCAUCAUUCUUUCUGACAUCAGCUCUGUCACCUGAUCCUACUGGAAAUGCAGUGCUGGAUGCUCUUGUAAAAAUGGCAGAAAAAUUAGGAGUACCGCUACAGGAUGUGAUUACACCGUGGGCAUUGACACAAAGUAGAAAUUUAUACGAGCAAGCCGAGGAUGGUAUGCGCUAUUUUGAUAUUCGCGCUGCCUAUAACGGUACGGAUUGGUGUUCAUAUCAUUUUGAACUCGGUCUACCUAUUUACACUCAUUUCAGUGCAUUGAAUGCAUUUUUGUUGUUACAUCCAAGUGAAAUUAUGGUGAUUGAGGUAUCACACCUCGCCAGUGCGAAUCUAACACAGAAAAACUUGAAUGCAUUAAGAGAUAUGAUCAUCAACAUAUUCGGACCAAUACUAUAUCCACGUAUUCAUGACUUCAACGCCACGACCAUUGGUGAUAUGAUUGCAACAAAUCAACGAGCGGUAGUCACAUUAAGUGAUGAUACCACUAUAGCGAACUACACUCAACUCUGGUAUGGUUCCAGUAUGAUUAAUUCAUAUGCUAACACAGAUUCACUUGCUAAAAUGACUUCAUAUAAUUGGCAGCAAAUCCUCCAGUUCAAUUCUCUUCCUUCAUUACCUUCUUCUGCCCUGUAUAAGCUAAGCUGGACACUAACACCGCAAGUAUCGACUAUCAUUGACUCGACGCUACCACAUAAACCGAAGUCAUUGAAGAAUUUGGCUGAUAUUGGAAAUAGUGGAUUGAGUGGAUUUGCAAGUGCUGUGUUAAAGAAAAAAUGGAGCUUAUGUCAAUUGUUGUUGAUUGAUUUUCAAGAGAGGAGUGAAAUCAUGCAAGUGAUAUUUGCUCCCUUCCUACAAACAAUAAUUUAG